AUGUCAGUCACCUGCAUUGUCUGUUUAGGAGACCUUGGCGAAAGCGCCAGCGAUCCUCUUGCCGUCGCCGCCGAGGACGUGCCAAGACCUGAUCAUGGCGUUGCAGCUUCAGCUUCAACGAGCUCCCUGGCCAAUACUGAUGCUGUCGAUGGCUCUGACGAUCCCGGUCAGAUUGCCCGGUUGCUUCCAUGUAACCAUAUCCUCCACAACAACUGCUUGAAACCCUGGGUUGAACGAGCCAACAGCUGUCCGAUAUGUCGGAGUAGCUUCAAUGUCGUGGAGCUGAGUGACCGACCCGGAGGCCCUGUGCUUUCAUCCUAUAUCGUCGAGGACCGAGUCCAAGUGGCAGAGGUCGACCCUUCGAUGAUCAUCGACUAUAUCGAUGAUGACUCUACCGACUCCCAGCCAUGUCCAAUCUGUGGAGACACGGACAAUGAAGAAGUUCUCCUCAUCUGUGAUGGCUGUGACGUGGCUUGGCAUACCUAUUGUCUUGGGCUUGAAUCUGUCCCCUCUGGCUCCUGGUACUGUGAGCAGUGCGAGAUGCAGCGUGCCCUGGGGUCGCUGUCGGACUCCUCCAACAGAACAUCAGGUGUCUCUGAAUGGCGCGGGCGCCGCACUCGAGCACAGCAGAGAAGACUACAGAACAGGAACCAGAUGAACUCACUGCACUGGGCUCGCGUAUGGCAGUCAGUGUGGGACCGUCUCAAUCUUGACCUAGACUUUCCCUUCGAUGAUGAUGCCGCCGCCGAGCGUCUCCAGCAACAACUACGGCGAGAAGCGGCUAAUCAGCGAGAAUUUCGAGCCUGGCAACGCCGCUUCGAGUCUGCAGAGCGACAGGGGGGUGUUAACAGGUUCAUGGAUACUGCCACACUUCUCGAUAUAGAGGCCCCGCGCCCAUCACGACCACGCGUACCCAGGGCGCCGACUCCGGAACCCGAGUCUCUCGAAGAGAUGAGGGCGUGGAACGCGUUUGAAAGGGCUCGUGAAAUAGAGAACGACCCAAGUGCAGCGCGUAAGCGCAAGGAACCAACAUUGUCCCCUUCUCCAGAACCAACUGAACCCGAGCGAAAACUGAAACGACCCCGGACUCGGAGACCUGAGGAAUUGGCGGCCCUCGCCAUGCAGAACGGCGAAUCAUCAAGAGCAGCAAGCGUGCAGGCUUCCGCUCGGAUCAAUGCAGAAACCUCAAGUGAGCCCAGUUUUCUGCAGUCGCUUCUGAAAGAGGUCGAAGAAGCCUCGAACUCAAGUCGUACCAAUUCCUAUGGGCCGCCUGGCCCCACUUCGAACGCAGCAGCCGAUCAUUACUCCCCCGGUCCCUCCUCACCCUCAAUAUCUCCAUCGCCUUCUAGCAAUUCAUCCCCGCGCCUGUCCUCCGUCACACCGCCACCGCAAACCAGAGGCCGGCCCAUAUCUCCUAUCCAGCUGACAUCGCCCUCGGGGCCUUCCUCUCCAACCUUUUCGCCUGAUGUUUCACCUUCGGAUUCUCCAGUACGAGGUCAUAAAGAAACCAGGCUGCCGAUUCUUGCACACCGUCCUCGACCCAGCCGACUUAAUAUACCCAGAAGGUCCUCCCAACAGGGUAGAGCUCAUUCAAACGAGAGCUCGCCUACACGCGGGCUAUCUUUUGCCGUGAAGUCCGACGUCCAGAAACUGGUUGGGACGGCGCUGAAACCACACUACCUCGCAAAGGUCGUUUCAAAAGACGAAUACACAGAUAUUAACCGCAAUAUUUCUCGUAUGCUUUACGAACGGGUUGGUGACUGUGAAACUCUUGAAGAGACCGCGAAGUCGAGCUUAAAGCAGAUCGCGAACGAAGAAGUGAAGAGAGCUAUCGACAACCUUAAACAGAAGAGAUGCGUCGAAGACAGCAAAAUCGAAAGUUCUUCGAUGACAUAA